AUGCCUUCACCCGACGCGUCAGAGGCAGAUUUAUCACGCCCGGUCCUAUUGUCUAGCGAGUCGCAUCCCCCGGUUCGUCACAGUGCGUCGCAAGCGGAAACUGCAGAUAGCUACAUUAAGCCUGAAACUUCAGACUCAUCAGACAAGCAAACGAAUGGUCCGGUGCCAGACUCCAUCUCCGGUUCUAAGCAGAACGCAAAGGCAAUGCUGUCUGCAUCCGGUGUGUCUUCGACCAAGUCGAAUACUUCUGAAGCUCAACAUUAUUCAUCAGCAGCGAAUGGGACCAAUGGUAUCAGUGCGAGUCGAAAACGGUCGCGAUCUGGAUCUGUUAUUUCGCCUUCAUCAUUAGAAAAUGCCGCCGUCACUGUACGCGAAACACCGGUAGACAAAAUCCUCCUUGAGCAGUAUGUAUAUCGCGAGUUUGAACACAACGCUCUAGAAGCUACCCACAAUACAAGUCAGGAGAUUUUUCAGCAAAAGCGGGCGGAACGAGAUUACCUACUGGCGUUACGUCGCGAAAAUCAGCUGAAUCCUGCGGUCUUCUACGGUGUGGGCUACGAAGGAUUCGGCAAUCCACGGACAGAUCUGAGAAAUCAACAUCCUCAACUGCUAUAUCCUUCUAAUCGGCGGCGCCCGGGUGGGAGGAAAACCAGGGAAUUGCGAAUAUCAAGAAAAGACCUCAAAGCACAAAGUGAACUUAGGGAGGACUUGGUCCCGAUUCGAUUGGAUUGUGACUGGGACAAAGUCAAGAUUCGUGACACAUUUACAUGGAAUCUUCAUGACAGAGUCACAUCUCCGGACCUAUUCGCUGAAAAGCUCGUUGAAGACUUGGGACUCCUUCCUGAAACGUGCGUUCCCCUCAUCCGCCAAAUAUCGCAAAGCAUUCAGGAACAAAUAGGCGAUUAUUUCCCACAUGUCUUCAUGGAGGAAGAGCCCCUCGAUUCACAUCUGCCAUACGAAGCUUACAAAAACGAUGAGAUGCGUAUUCUUGUCAAAUUGAAUAUCACCAUUGGUCAGCAUACUCUAGUUGAUCAGUUCGAAUGGGAGAUCAAUAGUCCAUAUAAUUCACCUGAGGAAUUUGCUUUGCAGAUGACCAACGAUUUAUCUUUAUCGGGGGAAUUCACAACAGCUAUUGCUCAUUCAAUUCGGGAACAAGUACAACUUUUUACUCGUUCCUUGUACAUUACAGCACACCCCUUCGACGGUCGACCUGUCGAUGAUCCAGAUCUGAAAACCGCCUUUUUGCCUUCUCCCAUGUCCUCUACAUUCCGGCCGUUCCAAGCGGCUAAAGAUUUCACUCCCUAUUUAUACGAGCUCAAUGACGCCGAGCUUGAACGUACGGAAGUGUCGAUAUCACGGGAGCAACGGAGGCAGAAACGUUCGGUUAACCGUCGUGGCGGUCCAGCUCUUCCUGAUCUUAAAGAUCGACAACGAACCAUUCGCACUAUGAUCGUGUCCUCCGUGAUACCUAAUAGCGCAGCCUCACUUGACGAGACACACCUGUUCAAAAGAUCGGGGAGCGGGAGGACGAGACGCGGCGUGGCUGGACAGCGCGAUGGGCUGGAUGAUUCGGAUCUGUCGGACAGCGACGACUCAUCUAUUGGCUCUCCGGCUAUCGGGACACAUUUGGCCCAAGGCACAGCUCGCACAAGAGGGAUGAGAGGGGCGGCAUCUGCUGCACAAGCAGCCUUACGAGCCAACUUUGCGCAGUCCGCCACUCCAGAACCUUUUUCACACCAUCAUGAGACAAGAGUAUCACGACGGCGUGACUAUCGAGAGGAAAGUUCAGAAGAACCAGAAAAACUCAUCGUCACCUUUAAGAUUACCAAAGACCGUCUCAGGCAAUUGGUUCAAGAUAUGAGCAAUCGCAGGUCAAUGUCAACCCACAACUUACCGGCAUCAGCAUCAAAGAGCAAUACACCUCAGUUAUCGACUCCUAUUCAGACCAGAAUGCCUCCACCGAGUACUCAACCUCAACAUAUAUCAACGAGCAGGACAGGCAGCAUCAGUGGUGGUGUGUCUCAAAAUCACCCUCCGACAUCACAAAUUGGAGCUGUUGAUGCUCCUCCCCCUCCCCAGUCUGGAGUGCCACCCCCACCAGCGCCAGCUUGGCUCGUCUCCGGAUUAGAAAAGUUGAGGAAAGCUUAUCCCAAUGACAAAUUUGAGGAAGUAAUGCGAUACUCCGCUGUCGAUACAUCGACAAUGAUGCCCGUCGCGACCUCCAAUACAACAUAUCCUAACACGAAGGUGAAAUAUCAAUACCUCCCUCGUAUACGGUGUCUUGAUUGCCCGGGAAAACUUUAUACACCCGGUCCUGGGAUGACGGUUGAAAAUUUCGAAGUUCAUCUAAGGAACAGGCAACAUAAAGAACGAGUUGAGGGGAGAAUUGCAAAAGCCGCGGAAGGAACUAUUGCAUCUGGGUGA